AUGGAAAACUUCGAAAGGGAAUUCUACCCUUCCGCCGAGGACUGGCCCGGUGUUCAAGGACUGUCCGGUUACGACAAGGGAAAUUACAUAUCGGUCCUUUACUUCGCCUGGGCCUAUUUUCUAUCCGCUAGAUGGGUUGAGGCACUUAGUCGCUCUGCAGACCAUGAUUGUGAUCUAAGAUACAACGUGCAAGGGCCAAACAUUUCUCCGCCUUACAAUGAGCAAUCAACGAUCCAAAUUGACCUCGGCGAGGAUGCUUCUGCGGAAGAAGUCUUCUGGUGGCGCACCAUUUUGUGUUCUAACGACGGCUGGGAUGCGAGCACCAAGUACAAUGGCCUUGUUUGUUUGUCGCCGUGGUCAUUAUCAGCAAAGCAUGCUGGCGUAAGCGUCACUCAGGUCUCUACUGGCGCUAGGCCAAAGCCACCAUCAUCCGUAACCGCUCUCGGAUACCUCUCCCGGUUUUGCGCGUACCAUCGCAUUUAUGCUCAGUGCUCAGUCGCCCUCGCUGGAGUACUCUACAUCCAAUUUCCACAGAGAGAGACAACGAUCUUGCUUCCAGUCCCAAAACAAAUCUGUCAACAGGAACGAAAGGACCUCAUCGGCGACCCUUCUGUUUCUAUCGCAGAUCUUAUCAACGACCUUGGCGAAUUGCUUCCUAGAUUCAUGACGCUCAGCUCUAAUAUCUGGGGUCUGCACUCUCUUCUGUCCAGCACCUUCUUCAAUCCAGACAUUGACUGUAACCUUGUCAGUGCCUGGUUAAACCCCGCGUUUGCUGUUCUUGAUUCGAUCACUUCUGGGAAAUCUUCAGUGGCCGUACUUUCAGCGAAUAGACAGCCUCGCUUGGGCAUACUUUGGCUUGGAAUGAUGGCUCUGGAUCUUCCAGCCUCUGCCUUGACCGGAACAACACAGACUUUCUUGACUUUAGGAAUCGGAAGCAGUCAUGGUAAAUCAAUCUGUCGUGAUGAUGAAUGCCGGCUUCUUUUCAUUACGGCUUGUGAAUACCAUGAACGGCCUCCAGUCUGGGUAUGGAAGCCCUUUGGAUUUACAAAGCUUUGCGACACUGAGCUUCCACUCCGAGAACAUGCUCAGUGUGCCAGUCAUUGUCUAGAGUACGAAUGCUGGGAAUGGAUUCUGACAAAAGACGGUUCAAUUCGAGAUUCUGGAAUAGAAUCUACCCUGCCUCCAGUCCAAAAAUCAAACUCCCCAGUCAAUGUCAACAAGCAUUCAGCUAGGCUUGAUGAUUAUGACUAUGAUUUCCAUUCCCAAGAGCUUUCGGAAGGAUACACACGUGGGAUAUUCUCAUGGCUAAGGUCGACAGGGUAUCCUCGCAACGAAAGACCCAUUUACAAACAUUCUUGGCUGGACUUGGAAAGCGCUGAUGAAGAAGAUGAUUCGGAAUAA